GGGUGUUCUUCGUGUUCUUCGUGUUCUUGGUGCUCUUUCUCACGGUUGGGCUGGGAAGGAAGGACUCCAGGAUCGAGCCUCGUUGUGAUGUUGUGAUGGGCGAGAAAUUGUUGUGAUGUUGGCACUGAGGCCCAUUGUCCCAUUGUCUACCCAUAGCUCAUCGAUCAUGUCGAGGGGAGUUUAAAGGGUGGUUGCUCCCUCGGUGGUUGACCCACUCCUUGAUUCCUGCUUCAUCCCGCCAUCACUGGAUAGGGAUUGAAUCGAUCGGUUCUGAAUUGUGGGUGUAUAUGUUUUGGUGGUUUUAAGAGCGGAUCGGAUAGUGCGUGUUGGCUGGUUGGAAUCGGCCUUGAUGCUCUGAUUGAGCCCGUGAAUUCAUGAUGAUGGAGACCGAGGAACCUGCGGAACCGGUGGCGGUUGAUUCGCCCUCAGGCGAGGAGAAAUCCGUCACCAUCAUGAUUGAUGAGAAUCAAAAGAUGUUCUAUGACCAACAUGUGCUUCAAUCCAUCAUUGAUUCCAAUCAGCCCUCGACCCAAGUCACCAUUGUGCGACUGGGCGGAGUGAACGAGGCUGGGGAGGCCGGCCACCCGGCCGAUUUAGGUGAUCCGACCCUCGAGGACACGGCCGAAUUUGUGCCCUCUGAUAUGGAGACCUUAGAUCUAACCCAAGGAGGUCCAGGGGGAGGAGCUGCUGGCUCAGGUGACGCUCAGACGUUGCGGGACCUCUUGGCUCAUGCCACCUUGGUGGAGACUCACCAGGAUCCGACCUUGCCUCCGGCCUCCAAUUCUAUUACCUUGGAUCAAGAACAAAUCAGCCAAUUAGAAAGUGUAUUGCAGUCCACCGAGGCCAAAGACAUGCUGGGCCACGUCAUGCUGAGUGACGAGCACGGCCCGUUGGAUCAUAUCUUGACCUCGGAAUUGACGCCGGAUCUAACGGCUUCGACUAACCCCUUAGAAUUUAACGUCUCGCCAGAGCGACCCGCGUCGCCCGUGAAUGAACCUCGACCUACGACAAGUGAGACAGUCCAGGGUCGUCCCAAACGCCGCAGCCAACGCCGAAUGGAUAAAGAAAUUAAGGAGGAGGCUGAGCGCAUUCGAAUGGAGAAUCAAGCCCUCCUCAAAAAAGAAAAAGAAGCCUGGGCCCAGCCCCAUGAGAGUCCAAGCACAGCCGUUGUCAAGUCCGACUCAGUUGGCUCUAUCCCAUCAUCCGAAGUAGUGUCUAGCCCCGUGACGCCCAUUCAAACGUCGGUGGCUACUGGGCGGCCCAAACGACAGCGCAAGGUACCAGCUCACCUUCAAGGGGAUUUUGUCACCAUUGACGUGUCUCGAUCCACCGCCAAAAUUACCCCGGUGAAAAAAGACGAUGUCUCUGAACCCCUUCCCGUGUCGUUGCCUGUCGAGGGCAUUGUCGAUGUUCAGGAUGAAUUCCAGGACGAGGCCAAGCCUGAGGCCAAGGUCCAGAGCCUGGUAGAGAGCGGUGCCGAAGAGGACGACGACGAGGAUGAUGACGAGGACGACGAAGGUGACGGCUGGAACUCUGAAGACGAUCCCGAACGUCUUUGGUGCGUUUGUCAGCAGCCGCACAACAAUCGUUUCAUGAUUUGUUGCGAUCAAUGUCUCGAUUGGUUCCACGGUAAAUGUGUGGGUAUCACCAAGAAGAUGGGCAAGAACAUGGAAGAAAACGGACGGGAAUGGCGGUGCGAGAAAUGCAAAACUGACGAAGAAAAAGCUCGAGAGGAGAAACAGAGAAUCGAAUUGGCCCAAAAGUUGAAGGAACGAGAAGAAGCCCGCAAACAGGCUUUGAUCGAAAAGAAAGAUGACGACAUUGAGAAGAAAUCUCCUUUGAAGCGCACAGAUUCCGGCAAAGCAGUGGCCAAUAUCUCGUCCAAAAUGCCAGAGUUCGAAAAGAAGCCGAAAGGAAAAGUUUGUUUUGAGUGCGAUCAGACUCCUUUGGAGCACUCUCUUUACUGUUCAGACAAAUGCAUCGAAGCCCAUGUGGAACGAGCCAAAAAAGCAUUUGCGUGCAAGACGAACAAUGAGGCUUCUACUACAAAUCAGAUUAUUGUCAUGAAUCCUAAAUCAAACCAGAUGUUCAGUGGACCAAGUGCCCCAACCAUUAAGACGUUAUCUGAAUGGAUGAGAAAACACACAGAAUUUCAUGUGGUCAUCCCUAAAUCAAUGCCCACAUCCAAGUUUUAUGGGUCACAAAAGAAGCAAUCUCAUGCCCACGCGGAAAAAUCAAAACGAGGUCCAAAGAUUAUUCCUCCCCACGAUAAAGCAACGAAGAAUUCGGACGAAGUCAACCAAAAACUAGCCGAGUACAAAUCCAUGGCCUUAUCAAGUCUCUCAGCCGCUCGAGAGACUCUGCAGGCUUCCUUGAAAGACUCCAAUCGUAAAUCGGAAUCGAAACGGGAGGCUCAAGACGCGAAGCGGGCUUUGGAAGCCCGUCGACGCUCCAAUGAGCACAAUACAGUGGUGUCGAAACGGCAUCACGAUCCGACCGUCCGAAAAACAGCCUCAAACGUGCCCAAAGGAGAGGUGGUGACUCCUGCAAAACCUAAAGACGUCAAGGCUUUGCGAGAAAACGCCUGCAAGGGCCUCUUAGAUGCCCUCAAAGGCAGGCUAGAAAGGAGCAAAGACGUUAGAAUGGACGAGGAAAAACUGAAAGAGCUAGUGAAUGCUAUUGAAAAAGAACUAUAUGAUAUUUUCAACAAAGAUGUCGGCCUCAAGUACAAAAAUCAAUAUCGACGACUUGUUUUUAAUAUCAAGGACCCAAAGAACAUCGGAUUGUUCCGAAAGAUCGUGACAGGAAAGAUAGGUCCCAAGAGAUUGGUGGACAUGAGUCCAGAGGAGAUGGCCAGCAAAGAGCUUCAGCAGUGGAGGGAGGCCGAGUUGAAGCAUGAUAUAGAAAAGAUCAAAUCCCACGAACUCGAGAUGAUGGCCAUGGGCAACAAACUCGUUGUCAAAAGCCACAAGGGUGAGCAAAUCAUUGAGACAGAUGGGUCGGUUAAUGUGAACGAUGUCAAAAUGCCAGAAGAAGAACGAAUACUUGAGACUGCCAAAGAAACGAGCCACGAGAUGAAUGUGUCAACUACUAACAGCGGCGAGAAAGAUGGUAGCCGAAAUCAUAAGUCCGAAUCCUCUUCGCGAAAAGACAAAGAAGGCUCUAGCAGUCAUCAUCAUCAUCAUCAUCAUCAUCACAGAAGAUCAUCAUCGUCCCGGGACAAGGACAAAGCCACAUCAUCCUCAUCAUCAAAGGGCAAGGACAAAUCCACAACAUCCUCAUCGUCAUUAUCCAAGGAAAAGGACAAAUCCACAUCUUCCAAGGAAAAGGGCAAAUCAUCAUCAUCAUCAUCAUCAUCCAGGGACAAGGACAAAUCAUCUUCAUCCAGGAAUAAGGAUAGAUCCUCAUCUUCGUCAUCCAAGGACAAGUCAUCUAGCUCGUCGUCCAAGGAGUACAAAUCCUCAGACAGUUCUGACAAGGAACGCCAUCGUCAUCAUUCUCACAAGCAUGGUAGUAAAAGUAGUACUGAAAAGUCCAAGGAGCGCUCCUCUUCUGGCAGGGACUCCACCGCAAUAUCCACGAGUUCAUCGAUGGUCAAGAUACAGCCCGAAGAAAAAGCAUCGAACAAUGAUGAGAAGUCGGUGGAUAAAAUAAUGCAAAAAAUUCGAUCUGCCAAGCAAAAGGAAGAGGCACAAAGGCAAAAGGAGUUUUCGGAAAAAGUGGCCAAAGCUGAGAAAGCCAUCUUCGAAUUCAAUCAAACUAUGGCCUCGGGAGGUGAUGGUCUUGAUGGCCUUGGUACUCGAACUGAAUCUGUUCGACCAGUCGAAACCGGCAGUCCCACACAAUUAUCAUCGCCCCCGCAAGAAGUCUCCUCCACCGUGCACAUUAAGACGCCUGAAAUUAUUGUCAGCGAAAGCGAUGAAGGAUCUGCAUCCUUGUCCCCUUCGUCUAACCCGGUUUGGCAUGGGCUCGUGAAUAUGCCAGACGUGGCAAACUUCAAUAUUAAGGCUUUUGGUCUUUCAGGGGUGUCUGAUUUCCUACGUCAGGAUUUGGACAAAGAGGUUCUCAAAGUAGUAGGUCGCAUUCCCCCUGAUACAGUUUGGAAAUACAUUGUCGAUCUUGCUGAGGUGCCCUCGAAAGAAAUAUUAUUAAUAAGGCUCGAGGCCGCUUCCGAAGUAGAGCAACAAGGAUACGAUAGUUUCUUUUUCUACUUGAAGAAGAAAGCACGAUUGGGUGUGAUCGGCAAUUGUAGUAAAAUGGUCAAGGAUUGUUACAUCAUUCCGGUUGAGUCUGAAAUGGAUUUGCCCGAUUGCCUUCGUCCGCUUGAUCCACCCGGUUUCGAAGCCGUGAGGGGAAAUAUAUUAUUGGCCUUGAUAGUUCGCACCGUUCGUACUCGUCCCGACGGUUCGUCCGGCUUCAGGCGCUCCGCACUCAAAGUGGGAUCGAAGACUAUGACCCCUUCGAUCUCGUCGGGUAAGGAUGGCAAACAAGCCCAUAAAGCAACCAUCCAUGUUUCCGCCAAGAAGAAGCGAAAAGUCGAAGUGAGAGUCAUCGACGUUGACGACGGAGACGAAGACGAAGGGGAAGAAGAAGAGUACGACCCGGCCAAGGCUGGCAAUAUGGAUAUGUUCACGGAUCAAGCUUCUGAAGAAGAUGAGGAAGAUUAUGAUCCUGAAAAGGCGUUCCCAAGCGAAGACCAUGAGGCACAAGAACGUGACGAACCACCUCAGAAGAAAACCAAAAUUACCACCAAUGAAGAUUCUGCAUUUAGCCCCCCUCAUUCUCCGAAUGACGUGUUCGCGGCGAAGCUGAAAAAACUGGCCGCAGAGAUUGCCCGGGAAAAGGCCGAAAUUGCGUCUCUUGCCGGUCAAGGGGAUCCCACGGUCAUCCAGGCCGACAAAAGGAAGCCGCUUAUUGAGAGUUCCGGGCCUGCCUUUGGUUUGGACGCCUCAGCCAAAGCUGCCCCAGGGUUUCAAGGUCUCCCGAGCACAAUCUCCAGCAUUCUCUUUGGUGGAGGUGCAAAUGAAAGCCAUUCGAAUUCGCGUGACCCGAGGAAGAAAGAGGCUCCUCCCUCGUCAACUUUGAGCUCCAUGACGGACGCCGACCUCUUGGCUAAAGUGCAAGAAAUGGAAACCAAUCCAACAAAGUCGUUACCCAAGUCUCAAGUUCCACCGUAUCCGGGAACGUCCUUAUCAACUCAAGGACCUCAUUUUUCCGGCAUCACGAUGCCGCCCGUGCCACCCUACCCGGUCGCAUCUGGAAUUCACACUCAACAUCCUUUACCGAACAUGGGAGGGGGAGGAUCUUCUUGGCACCCAAAUGGUGCACCACACCUUCUUACCCAACAUCAUCAUCAACCACAGCAGCAGCAGCAGCAACAGCAACAUCAAAAUCAUCAACAACCGCAACAGCAAGGCCCAUGGAUGCAUGGUUUUGAACCGCCUGUCCUUCAAAACCAGCCUUGGGCUCGAGAAGAUGAUCAUUGGGAAGGACCCCCAAAUGAACAACCGCUUUGGAGGCAUGGGGAGCAACAGUUCGACCAUGAGCACCAACAUCAACCACACGAUCGACGAAGAGGAGGAAGGAGAGGUGGCGGUCGCUUUUCGGAAGAUCGCAAUUAUCCCAGAGAUCGCAGGGAUCGUUUUCAUGACCGUAGAGAUAGUCGACGAGGUGAGCGAGGCCAUCAUCGAGAUCGAGGUCAUUGGAGGCGGCAAUCAGAGGAUGAUCGCCUUAAUCACUGACCACGAUCAAGCUCUUCGUGAACACAAUUGUUUUGAUGUAUUUGAUAAGCCGGCUAAUCGCAGCGGAGGAAGAAAUAUGUCUUUAGCCAGAAAUUGAGGUCGAUAUGUGCAUCACUUUAUGAUAUGUUUGAACCUAUUGAAAGUUCGACUUGGAAUUCAACUUUUUCUUCUGUAUUGCGUGAAUACCCCUUCGGUGAGGUUUUCUACUCGUACAAAUGCGAUCUCUUUUUUCAUGUUUUUCCCCAGCGAAUUCAAGUGGAAUAUAUAUCCUCUGGUGGCAGCACUCAAGCUGACCGCCGCAAUUUAAAUGCUUAGCCUCUACAGUUGAAUUUCAAGCUCUUUAAAGAUCUGUUAUGCAAAUAUUUGUGAAUUUUGGAAGUAAAUUUCUCAUGUCACCUCGA